UCGAACGCCGCUGCCUGGCAGGAGACUGCGGGAGCAGCUGUGUCCCGGGUGGGGGAAGCGGAGACCUGCUUCUUCCCGAGCAGCGUGUUGCGGAGGCCGGAGUCAUGACGGGAGAAGUGGUUUCCGAGGUUCACCUAGAAAUCAAUGAUUCAAAACUCAUUUCACAAGAAGAAGCAGAUAGUCCUUCAGACAGUGGACAGGGCAGCUGUGAAACAGUUGGGCUCUUGAGUGAACAAGAUUCAGAUGAAGAGAUAUUUGUGAGUAAGAAAUUGAAAAGCAGGAAGGUGCUACAAGAGAGUGAUUCUGAACAAGAGGGCACAAAUGCCUCUCCAGAGAAAACUACCUAUGACGAUAUAGAGGAGGAAGAUAAGGAGAACUUACAUGCUGGAAAAAAUGGAAAAGCCAGAAGGAUUUACAGAACUCUGAUGAACAGUGAUGAGAGUGACAUCGAGGAGUCUUUGUGUCAGGAAAAUCUUGAAACCCAAGUGACACCUUGCUUAGAGCUGAGUCUCCAACCUGAAAACUCUGUGGAUUUUACAGUUGACAGAAAGAUUUCCAAAAAACCCAUACAUGCUAAAGAAGGAAUUGGAGGAAAAGCAAAAGUAAAAUCAAAGCGAAGACUCGAGAAAGAGGAGAGAAAGAUGGAGAAAAUUAAGCAGCUGAAAAAGAAGGAAACAAAAAAUGAGGAAGAUGAUGUGAAACAGCUAUUUAAUGACAGUGGCUGUCUACUUGUGGAUAAAGACCUUUUUGAAACUGGGUUGGAGGAGGAAAAUAACUCUCCAUUAGAAGAUGAAGAGUCAUUAGAAUCAAUAAGGGCAGCUGUGAAAAACAAAGUAAAAAAGCACAAGAAAAAGGAACCAUCUUUGGAGAGUGAGGUCUAUUCACUUGAAGAAGAAACUGAGUUAUCAAAAGGCACCACGAGGAAGGAAAGAAAAGCAGCCAAGUUAAGUAAGGAAGCAUUAAAAAAAUUGCAUAGUGAGACUCAGCGCCUUAUUCGAGAGUCUGCACUUAAUCUUCCAUAUCAUAUGCCUGAGAAUAAAACUGUUCAUGAAUUCUUCAAACGUAAACCCCGGCCCACUUGCCAGGGAAAUGCCAUGGCACUACUGAAGUCAUCUAAGUAUCAGGCAAGCCAUCACAAAGAAAUCACAGACACUGAAAAUACAACUGAGAUAAAUAGUGACCACCAUAGCAAAGAUUCUGAGCAGACAACAGGUGCAGGAUAUGAAAUGGAAAUUAAUGCACUCCCUGCACUUUCAAAGGAACCCCAGAUCACUGCUGGAUCAGAUGAGUCUUGCAAUAAGGAUUUGACAGGAAGUGAAGAGCUAGAAAUUCCCGAGAAACAGGAGCAGAGUGAUGCUAGACCUUCACCUGGGGACAUCUCGGUGGCACAACAGGAAUGCAGCUUCCUUGGGAAUAAGGACAGUGAGGAGUAUCAGGCUGGAGGGCUUGUGGCACCUGAACCUUGUGCCCUGGAGGAAGAAGAAGGCCUGAAAAAAACAGAAGAAGCAGAUGAGAAGGUGGAAGAGCCCCACCAGCAAACUAAAUCAGCAGCAGUGGUGCCACCUGAAAAAGUGAGGAGGUUCACUGUGGAUAGACUGAAGCAACUGGGGGUAGAUGUUUUCAUUCAGCCUCGGCUGGGUGCUGACAAAGAUUCUUUUGUGAUACUUGAAGAACCUGAAACCAACAGAGAACUGGAAGCCUUGAAGCAGCGUUUCUGGAAGCAUGCUAAUCCAGCAGCCAAACCCAGGGGUGGUCAGAAGGUGAAUGUGAACAUCAUAGUGAAAGAUGUGGGCACUGAUGGAAAGGAAGAGCUCAAGGUAGAUACGGUACCUGUGACUUUGGCAGCUGAGAAGCUAGAUGGAGCUAGCCACACAAAACCAGGGGAAAAGCUUCAGGUGCUGAAAGCUAAGCUGCAAGAGGCAAUGAAACUCCGAAGGUCUGAGGAGCGCCAAAAGCGCCAAGCAUUACUUAAGUUAGAUAAUGAAGAUGGAUUUGAAGAAGAGGAGGAGGAGGAGGAAGAAAUGAUGGAUCAGUCCGAGGGAGACGGAGAAGAGGAGGGAGAGGAAGCUUUGGAGGAAGAAGAGGCAAAAGAGGAGGAAGAGGAGGAAGAAGGCAAUCAGGAGAUUGCAGAAUUCCUUCUCGGUAGUGAAGAAAUAGAAACCAAAGAUGAGAAAGAAAUGGAUAAAGAAAACAAUGAUGGCAAUGGUGAAAUUGGCAAGGCAGUUGGCCUUCUCUCUGUCCCCAAGCCUCUCUUGUCAGAUUCUACCUUCCUUCUAUUUAAGGACAACUCUUCCAAGAUGGGUUACUCUGCUAGUGAAGAAAAAUCAGAAAUAGAUGAAAACUCAGGCAAAAGACCUAGCAAACUAGAUGAAGAUGAUUCAUGCUCAUUACUGACAAAGGAGAGCAGCCACAAUAGCAGCUUUGAGCUGAUAGGCUCCACAAUUCCAUCCUAUCAGCCUUGCAACAGACAAAUAGGCCGUGGGACCAGUCUUUUCCCUACGGCAGGAGGAUUCAGAUCUCCUUCCCCUGGACUAUUUCGAGCCAGUUUGGUCAGCUCAGCUUCUAAGAGUUCAGGAAAGCUGUCUGAGCCUUCACUUCCCAUAGAGGAUUCCCAGGAUCUGUAUAACGCCUCCCCAGAGCCUAAGACACUUUUCCUAGGAGCAGGAGACUUCCAGUUCUGUUUAGAAGAUGACACUCAGAGCCAACUGUUGGAUGCAGAUGGGUUCUUAAAUGUUAGAAACCAUAGGAAUCAGUACCAAGCUUUGAAGCCUCGAUUGCCAUUGGCCAGUAUGGAUGAGAACGCCAUGGACGCUAACAUGGAUGAGCUGUUGGAUUUGUGUACGGGAAAGUUCACAUCUCAGGCUGAAAAACCUCUGUCCAGGAAGAGUGACAAGAAAGAGAACAUGGAGGAACUUCUGGAUCUUUGUUCAGGAAAAUUUACUUCUCAGGAUGUCUCUACUCUGGCUCCAUCAGAGUUAAAUAAGCAGGAGAAGGAGAGCAGUCUGGGUGAUCCAAUGGAAGAAGCACUUGCUCUUUGCUCAGGCUCUUUCCCAACAGACAGGGAAGAAGAAGGUGAAGAGGAGGAAUUUGGAGACUUUCAGCUUGUCCCAAAUGAUAAUGAGUUUGAUAGUGAUGAGGAUGAGCACAGUGACUCUGACAGUGAAGACCCGGCACUAGAAGACCAUGAAGAUAAUGAUGAGGAAGACCUCCUGCAGCAAUCCGAGAAGUUGAAAAGGCAAAUGAGAUUGAAGAAAUACCUGGAGGAUGAGGCAGAGGUGUCAGGGAGUGACGUGGGAAGUGAAGAUGAGUAUGAUGGGGAAGAGCUUGAUGAAUAUGAAGAGGAUGUAAUUGAUGAAUUACUUCCUUCUGAUGAGGAACUACAGAGUCAAAUCAAGAAAAUACACAUGAAAACAAUGUUGGAUGAUGAUAAGCGACAGUUACGUUUGUACCAAGAAAGAUACCUUGCUGAUGGGGACCUGCACAGUGAUGGUCCUGGACGAAUGAGGAAAUUCCGAUGGAAAAACAUAGAUGAUGCUUCUCAGAUGGACUUGUUCCACAGAGACUCUGAUGAUGAUCAGACUGAAGAACAGCUUGAUGAGACGGAAGCCAGAUGGAGGAAGGAGCGAAUUGAACGAGAGCAGUGGCUUCGGGACCAGGCACAGCAGGGGAAAAUUGCAGCUGAAGAAGAAGAGGAGAUUGGGGAAGAUAGUCAGUUUAUGAUGCUGGCCAAGAAAGUUACAGCCAAAGCUCUGCAGAAGAAUGUCAGUCGCACUGUGGUUAUUCAAGAAUCAGAGUCUUUAUUCAGAAAUCCUUUUGAAGCCACCAAACCGGGAAGUGACAACCAGCUGAAGAUGGGCUCACUGCUAAACCAGCCCAAAGCUGUGCUUCAGAAACUGGCUGCCCUGUCUGACCUCAACCCUAGUGCUCCCCGAAAUUCAAGAAACUUUGUCUUCCACACACUUUCUCCUGUCAAGGCUGAGGCAGCAAAGGAAUCAUCUAAGCCUCGGGUGAGGAGGAGGGGUCCGUCUUUAAUGACAUCCCCUUCACCUAAGCGCCUCAAAACAGAUGAUAGCACUUCAGGAUCAAAGCAAAGCAUCUUCAGAUACUUGGAAAGCUAACACCACAAGGGCACCAGCACCUGUGUUGAGACUUCGUUGAGAAGUUUCUGGCAUUGAAGGUUGGAAUCGAUGCUCAUGUGGAUGAUCCCCCCUUCCUUCAUAAUCAGUGCAUUAAGAUUGAGGACAGAGAUUCCAGUUCUUUCCACUGCAUGGCUCUGGACAUCUCUUUCCUAGUAUUACUUCCUGGGUUGGCCACUAACUUAAUUCUUCAGUGUUUACAACAUCAACUUAUGGGAUACCUGGGUGUCCUCCAUUAAAUACUUGACAUUUUACCCUAGCAGCUUCCUGGGUUGAUAACUUUUGGUGAAAGGGGUGACUGGAGAAAGAAAAAGUGUGGCAUGACAGAAAAUUACAGACAGCAGUGAACGUCAAAACUGGGAUGACUCCUUCACACCCCUAUGAUCUGCACCAUGGUGACCAGGACUCAGUGAAAGAGAGACUUCUUAGAGGACCUAGGAAUCGACAGAUGGGCUGUUUUAUUACCUUUGCCCCUUCCCUUUUCUUUUAUGCCUCUUCCCAAUGCAGUCUCAAAUUUCCAAUUAACCUGUGCUUCCUUUAUGAGAAGGACUCAAACUGGUACCCAAGUCAGAAAGAGCAACUUCUCUGGAGUAUGAGGAUGAAGAUAAAAGGUUACAUCCAGUGUCCGUCGACAUUAGGUAUUCCAUGAGGCAGAGAGCUCUCUCUUAGGACUAAAUUUUCGAUUUGAAGCACUGUUGCUCAAGGACCUUCCUUCUCAUUCUGACUGGAAGAGUUAUAUAUAAUCAUUAUUUAUUGCAUUAAACUGGGUUGAGUACAUUGCCCUGAGCAGAGGACAAUUUAAUACUUCAUUACUUAUUCUGAGAAAAGAUCGUCAUGGAGUCUCAUCAAAAUAUUGUUAGGAUUGCCACCACUCCCGAUUUUCCCUGAACUACCAUGAGGCUGUCAGAGUUUUAGACAGAUUUUUUUUUUUUUUUCCUCUCAGCACCAAGUGUCACUGCUGCUUUGGAAAAACAUUUCAUGUAAAUACUGCGGUUUCACUGUCAGGAGCUAGACUUGGGAAGCUGGAUGAACUGUGCCAGUUUUUCACUGGCAGAUAAGGAAUACCAAUUUAACUGGUGGAAUUAGGAUAUAGGUUUUCUACAGUUGUUUGUAAUAUGCAAGAUGCUGACUUUGAUGGAGUUUACAUUUGUAUAUUUGUAAUCUUGUAAUGGUGAAAAUGUAUAUAAAGAUGUUUUAACAUGUAUGUAGUUUUUCAAUAAAUCCCAGUGCCUUGAAGGCAGGAUU